AUGAUCCAGUCCCGGCUCUCCCACCCAUCGGGGAUCUCUCACAUCGCUCUUACGACACCUCCCCUGCGCUCUAUUCUCAUUCGAGCACUUCAUGCCACUUCCACCGCGCAAGCUGGUGGACCGCGGACAGCUCAACUUGGAAGAUCAAGCAGGGGGUCAUCCUUCAAGCAGGCUUUCAAUAGGACAUCUUCUGGUGCGAAGCCAACUUUUGGUCAGAAAUCGGCGUUCGGCAAGAAACCUUCUUUCGAUGGUCAAUCCCGAUAUCCCCCCUUCAAAUCGAACGUCAAAGGUAGGAUACACCCCACUUCAUCAAGAAGAUUAGCGUCAUUCGAAGAACCCCAUCAGCCACGUCGGUCAUCCAGGCAUUACACUGAGGCGGAGGAAGCUGGCUCAGGAUCAGUCCCACCUUCCCCACGAUUCCCAAAAUCGCAACCUUUUCAACCUCCUUCUUACCCUUCCACGCCAACUCUCUCCGAUCCCACUGCAGCUUCACCCCGACCAUUCGAUACAUUCAAUCUGACUCCUGGAUUACUGCAAUCCCUGACAUCGCAAUAUGGUGAACACGGAACGACUACGCCAAUUCAAAGUCUCAGUUUCGCAAAUCUCCUUUCCUCAAGUCCAACCUUCAAUGAAGGUCAGAGGGUGAUACUAGGUGCUGAGACAGGAAGUGGCAAGACAAUGUCUUAUCUCGUUCCUCUAUUUCAAAAUCUCAAAUCGACAGACCAAAAUAUCCGACAAUCAGAAGAAGAUGUUCAGCAUUUGUAUCCACGGUCAAUCGUUUUAUCACCUACACACGAACUUACGAGACAAUCCACCCGAUUCGCCAAAUCCCUCACGCAUACCACCAAACUUAGCGUAAUGGGAUUGAGCAAUACUGCUGCUGGUGGUGUUGGUGCUAGGAGAGGUACGGCCGAUGUGUUACUGGGCACGGUCGGAAGUGUAAGAAGGAUGUUGGGUAUAAGGAAAGAUCAAGAUCAGGAAGAGAAUGAAAGGGAAGAUAUAGGUAGUGGGCUAUGGAAGAAAGAGGAAAAGAGUGGAUUGGUAAGGAGCGAUAAAGUAGAAUGGGUGGUGAUUGACGAGGCGGAUGUGUUGUUGGGCUCCGACUUCCUUGACGAAACAUUGUCAAUCCUAUCCAAAACCCCUUUAUCAUCCCAAGUCAACCUGAUCUUAUGUACCGCAACAUUACCACCUUCAUUGCUCAACCUCCUAUCCUCCCACCCUUUAUUCUCAUCCACCAAAUUCACUCAUCUCCUCUCACCAGGUCUACACAAAUUACCAACCAAAUUGGAGACUCGCUUCGUACCGCCGUCCAGAUCCGGUAACAGACUAGCAGAUGUUGCUCACGAGGUCCGAAGGGUGUUUGCUGAUGAUGCUCUCAAGUCGAAAUCAAAUUCCCAAUCCGGAGGGGAAGGGGAAAAGGAGAAAAGCAAGAUUAUCAUAUUCUGCAAUUCCGAUAAGAAAGUCGAACAAUUAUCCAAUACACUUGAAUCAAAGGGACUGCACUGUUUGAAUUGGACGAGCGAAAGUCAGUAUCGCCAGAGAGGUAGGAACGGUCCGUUAGAUUCUUUCUUGAUGAAAUCUGUUCCACAACAGCCCAGAAGGAAGUUCCAAGAACAACAAGAGCACGCAGAAGGAACAGAAGAUAAAUCGACCAGCAGUACUAAGUCCUCUUCAUCUUCAUCUUCAGCCUCAUCUUCUACACCUAGGAUUUUAGUAACUACUUCAUUACUUUCUCGAGGAUUAGAUUUCUCACCAUCCGUCUCAUCCGUAUUUUUACUAGAUCCACCAAGGGACGUAUUGGAUUUCGUCCACCGGGCGGGCAGGGCAGGAAGAGCAGGUAGGGAAGGAAGAUUAGUAGUUUUUGGUUUAGGGGAUGGAAGUGGGAUAGGUAAAUCGACGAAAAAGAAGGGAAAGGAAUUACAAGUUGGGGAAGUAUUGGGUAAGACACAGAUCAGGAGACAGAUGUUGGGUGGGAGAGUGAAAAGAGCGAGAUUAUAG